AUGGCACAGGAUAUCCCCGCCACAGACCCCGCUAUCUACGCCCAAUACGAGGCCAAGUGGUCAGCGCUCCCAGACAGCGCCGAUGCAUGGCUAGCCCGAGCUCGUGACGUCGCAGAGGUCCUGGCCCAGGAUGCUGCACAACGGGACCAAGAGAAUAAAUCACCGCGCGCUGAGAUUGUACUCCUCAAGCACUCGGGUCUAUUGAAGCUCUUGGGUCCUAAAAAGUACGGCGGUGGUGAACAGCCCUGGAGCGUUGGGUACAAGGCGAUUCGGGAGGUUGCUAAAGCAGAUGGUUCUAUCGGUAUGCUGCUGGGGUACCAUCUUCUAUGGUCUACAACCGCGAACGUCGUCGGCAGCGAAGAGCAAAUCGAGCGCACCCAUGAGUUGAUUAUCUCGAAUAACUACUUCGUCGGUGGUGCGGUGAAUCCCCGUGAUAGCGAUUUGAAGAUUACCUCCGAUGGCGACGAUAUCGUUUUCAACGGGGCGAAGUUUUUCAAUACUGGUGGUGUGGUCUCGGAUCUCACGGUGCUGGAGGGCGUUCUUGAGGGCACUGAUGGUCAUAUCUUUGCCUUGGUUGAAACGCGACAGCCUGGUAUUCAGUUUGCGCACAAUUGGCACAAUAUCGGUCUUCGUUUGACCGAGUCUGGUGGCGUUAAGAUUGACAAUGUUCGUCUGCCGUGGAAAGAUGCGCUUGGCUGGGACGACGCCUCGAAGAAACCGCGCGAAGAUGUUCUGUUGACUCAGUUCCCGACAUUGCUUCUGCCGACUAUCCAACUAGUCUUCAGUAACUUCUAUCUCGGAAUCGCCCUCGGAUCCCUAGAUUUUGCCUCGAAAUAUACUACAGCUACGACCCGACCCUGGCCCUUCGGAGUAGAUGUCAAGGAAUCCGCAACGGAAGAAUUCUACAUCCUCGAGCGCUACGGAAACUUCUUCGCGCAUCUUCGGGCUACCGAGGCACUGGCCGAUCGGGCUGCCGACCAGCUCACGGCAGUAUACACCAAGUAUUCGGGUAACCGACCUUCGUUAACGGCCGAGGAGCGUGGCGAAGUGGCCGAAUGGGUGGCCAGUGUCAAGGUGGUUACCACCGACGUCGGGCUCCGAGUUACAUCCGGCGUGUUCGAGGUGACGGGGGCUCGAGCGACCUCGUUGAAGGUCGGACUGGAUCGGUUCUGGAGGGAUAUUCGGACACAUACACUUCAUGAUCCGGUGGCGUAUAAGAAUCGUGAGUUGGGGCGGUAUGUGCUUCAUCGUGAGUACCCCGCGCCAACGUGGUAUACUUGA